GAAGAAAACAGUUCUAGAACCGACUGGAAAGCGAUCUCUUCGUAAAACCCUAGUCGAUCUUCAAUUUCAGAUCCCAUCAGGUAAGAUUCUUCUUUCAGCUAUCGAAAUUCCUGCAAAAAAUUUCACAUUUAUGUCUGUUGAUGAUUUGAAUGGUGUAAUUUGAGCUUCAUAUGUGUGUAAUUUCAUAUACUGUGAUUCAAGAAACUUCUUAGGGCAUCUGAUUUGGUUCAUAUAUCUUGAAAUAGGGAAGAAACUGUAGAAUAAAGUUUCAAUUGUGAUUGAAACAGUUGGAUUUGCACUUUGUAGAAUUUGGAUUGAGGUUAAAACCCUAGAUUUUUAGGGUGAAAAUGGGGAAGCCACUGUUUUAUGAGAUUUGGGAAAAACCAGCCACAAGUUGUAUAAUAGGGAUAUGUAGUGCAAUUUGGUUUUAUAUUCAGAAGAAAAACAUUGGGUAUUCACAUGUUGGUUUGAAUUAUGAUUCGGCAUUAGAAGGGCACCAUUGGAGGAUUAUAACAUCGGCAUUUUCACAUAUAAGUGUUAUUCAUUUGGUUUUCAAUAUGAGUGCACUUUGGAGUCUUGGGGUGGUGGAGAGUUUGGAUGUGAUGGGGCUGGGUGUUGAGUUUUAUCUUCAUUAUACACUUGUUCUGGUUGUGUUGUCGGGAGGUUUGGUUUUGGGGACUUAUCAUGUUUUGAUUCAGAGGUUUAAGUUGGAAUAUUUUCGGAGAGUUACCGCUGUUGGGUAUUCUUGUGUUGUAUUUGGGUGGAUGACGAUAUUAGCUGUUAAACAACCAUCGUCCAAGCUUAAUUUGUUUGGGGUUCUGUCACUUCCUAUCAGUUUUGCGCCUUUUGAAUCGCUGAUAUUUACUUCGAUAAUGGUGCCACAAGCAAGCUUUCUUGGUCAUUUGUCGGGGAUUAUUGUCGGGUACUCUAUUGGAUGGGGUUUGAUACACGGGAUGAAUAAUUACUGGGCUAUUACAAUGCUGGGAUGGAUUGUAUUUAUUUUUGUGUUCAGUUUGAAGAAAUCUGGCACUUUUGAUUUUGAGUUUAUUGAAAUUGAAUCUGUUGCGGAUUCUUCGUUUCCUUCUGUGGGUUUUGUUGCAGCUGGAAAUGGUAGAACGCUACAGAUGGGUGCAGUACCACUGGCUGGUUCCGAACUUGUCUGAUUUGUGAUGAAAAAAUAUGCAACUUUCUUUGCGUAAGAAAUCAAUACAACUGUAAAUCACUUGCGUAUUGGGAAUUUUAAAGCAAAAAACAGUAAGGUUACUAUUAUUUUCCCUGUGAGGUAUGAAAUUUCGGACUUGUUCCAAAUUCUAAUGCUUUGUGCAGGUUUUUUAGUACCAGUUGUUUCAUUCCACUGGAAAACCCUAUAGGGUAACGAAGACGGUGUCUUAGCUUACAUAUUUGAACUUAUGAGAUGCAUCAGUUUUGUACUUGGCAUGUUUGAAUAAGUUCAUUUUAGACUUAUAGUAGAUGUAGUGAAAAUAACUUGUGCAGUUGUGCUUCUGUUAUACCAUAUGAAAUGUACCAGCUUCAGGAAAAAUCCGCCGUAUGAGCUUGGCUUCAAAGUUAGAUUGUAGCAGCAAUUAUGGUUUGAGCUGAGUAAUUUCUUCUUGUUGUUUUUU